AUGGCUACCAUCUUGAAGGAGUUUGAGGUUGCCAAAAAAUAUAAAGUAAAAAAGAACAAGAGAAUUAGAAGAAGAACUUAUUUUGAGUUAGAAUUGGUGAGGAGAGAAAGUAUAAGACAAUUUGAUAAAGAUGCUUUUAGAAGGAGAGCUAGUUUACAGUAUGAAGCUGGUGGUAGUAGCCAUGAUGCUCCUCGAAGACUUCGCCAACCGUUUGGUCAAUUGGCUACUAUUCUUGAGAGAGGUAAGGAAGCUCAAAAAUAUGUUGAGACAUCAACACUGACUUUUAGAUUAGCAGCUGCUAAAAUUGAGUUAGAAAAGAAUAAAGGCCAGAGGAAACUACCCUUCAGUAUUGUGGAGUCACCUUGGACUAGGCCAUUGCUGAGAACCGUUGCUAAAGUUGCGCCUAAUGUUUCACCACCUUCUACAUAUGAGAUUUUAGAAGUUUUUCUGAAAAAUGAAUACCAAGAAAUGAAGAAAUAUAUUGUAUUUGAAGGUAUUUGGAAUGAGAGAGGAGUUACCAUAAUGUGUGAUGGAUGGAGCGGAUCAACUCGAAUAAGUAUUAUCAAUUUCUUGGUGUAUUCUAGUCAUGGAACAGUAUUCCACAAGUCAGUUAAUGCUAGCAAUGUUGAGCGCAAAGAUGGAGAUUAUUAUUUCAAGCUUAUGAAAGAUGUUGUUGAAGAAAUUGGUCCAGAAAAGGUUGUGCAAGUGGUCACUAAUAAUGAAGCUGCCAUCAAAUCUAGUGGAAAGAAAUUGAUGGAGAGAUUUCCAAAUCUGUAUUGCAUAGCAUAUAGUACACACUGCAUAGACCUCAUAUUGGAGUGUAUUGAGCAGAUUGCCACUAAUUUUGUUACAUUAGAGAGUCUGGUCCGAUGUAGGUUAGGGUUAAGAAAUAUAUUAAAAUAUGAGCAAAGGGCAGCAAGUAGAUUUGGACAAGCUACCAGUGGACCUGCCUAUGAAGCUAAGAAAAUUGUUCUUGGCUUGGAAAGAGAUGGAAGGAAUUUUUGGGAGUUUGCACAACAAAUCAUGGCUAUACAAGGGCCAUUACUAAAAGUUUUAAGAAUGGUGGAUGGGGAUGAAAAGCCAAUAAUGGGUUUUAUAUAUGAAGCUAUGGCAAGAGCAAACUGUGAUGCAUCAUCAUCAAAAGGCAAUGGUCCUACACAUGAGGGGGAGCAUUCUUAUGAUUUUGAAGCUAACUAUGCAUAUGGAUAUGGAUACAGAUAUGGUGAAAAUUUCAUGUAUAAUGGACACUCAUCAUCUACAUUUACUAGUGAUUAUGGAUAUGGACAUGGACAAGCACACACAAAUUCGUAUCCAUACCAUUACCCUCCCAUGUAUGGAAAUUUCUCAUCAUCAGAGGCAGAGCACUUAUACCCUCCUCCUCCACAGCCCAACUUCAAUGAUCCAGUUCAUUCCUUAUUCAGCUUCAAUCCAUCAGAAUAUUAUCAAUAUCAACAUCAACAAGCUGAUGAUCAAAGCUCUCAAAAUCAAGGUCAAGAUCCUCCUAGACAUUCCUUUUGGUGGUAA